CUCCAACACGUGACGCGGUCAGCGCAACAGGACUGGUGCAGUCUGCCUGAGCACCUCUCUUAAGCUACACAUCUAAGCGCCCCUACAUACAGCGGGAGCAGCAAUGCAGCAACGGCAGUGGUGGUGGCUGCUGCUGGGGGCGAUGACGGCAGGUGCUUUAGGUGCCUCGGUCCCCCACAUGCACGGUCCCUCAGCUGGUGAGGCAGCCAAGUUCGACCCUGCGUUGUACAAGAUAGCGCCGUUCCUGUAUGACCUGCGCUAUCACCCCUACGCUAGCCUGCCGGCCAGCGAGCGGACGGGCGCGCUAGACCCGCACUGCCCCCAGGCGAACGGUCUCUUCCCGCACCCGCGGGACUGCGGUCUCUUCAUCUCGUGUGCCCACGGCCGCGGCUGCGUCAUGGAGUGCCCGGCGACGCUGCAGUUCAACAGCACGCUCUCCAUAUGCAUGUACCAGUGGAUGGUGCAAUGCACGCUCGACGCUAGUGUGGACGUGAAGGACUGGCCGCUGCCGCGGAGCUGCGCGGAUAUCGUGGCGUCGGGCCAGACGCCUGCCCCUGUGCCUGGACCCGCCGCCGUGUCCCACCGCCCGCCCAACCCUCUCUUCCCCGCACCAUGUACCUGCCCGCAGGGGGGAGACCUUGGGAGACCACAUGGGCCCGGAGGUCCCGGUGGAUCAGUUGGCCCCGAGGGUCCGGGUGGAUCAGUUGGACCAGGAGGUCCCGGAGGCUCAAUUGGACCAGGAGGUCCCGGUGGCUCAAUUGGACCAGGAGGUCCCGGUGGCUCAAUUGGACCAGGAGGUCCCGGUGGCUCAAUUGGACCAGGAGGUCCCGGUGGAUCAGUUGGCCCCGGAGGUCCCGGUGGUUCAAUUGGACCAGGAGGUCCCGGUGGCUCAGUUGGCCCCGGAGGUCCCGGUGGUUCAGUUGGACCAGGAGGUCAUGGUGGCUCAGUUGGCCCCGGAGGUCCCGGUGGUUCAGUUGGACCAGGAGAUUACGGUGGAUCAGUUGGACCAGGAGNGAGGACAAGUGUCGGAACCGGGGGCCCAGAAAUCUCUAGUGGCAAAACACCUGGUGGUCAGGGAGGCUUAGUAAUUCCGGGUCCAAUGCCAUCAGGCGCGGACGAUCUAGAAAAUUUACCUCCUAUAGUCGAGAUAUCUGGUGACGGAACUCGGCCAUACCCCGGCUCGCAUGGUGGUGUGUCAGUUCCGGAGCAAGAGAACAAUAUCAACCUCCAAUUGCGCAACAAACACCACAGCAAUACGACCGACAAACGCAAUACCCUCUGCCCCAAGAGCAACAGCGUGAAAUAA